AAGAAUUUUAAUAUUCUAAAUAAGAGAUUAAAUAACAAACUUAAUACAGUUAAAUAUAGAUCUUUUAAAAUUAAAGAAAAACUUAUUAAUAAUAAUUAUAAACUCCAAUUAUUAAUAAAAAUAAAAGUAUAUUCAAUAUUUUAUAUCUCAUUAUUAGAAUCUAUAGAAAAUCUAAAAAACAAUAAAGAUGAAGCUGGUAAUAAUAAAUUCAAGAUUAACUUUAUUAAAAAACAGAAGUUAGAAUAA